GGGGAUGGUGGAGUCUGAGCUCCGGACGGCAGCCUGGGGCGGGAGCGGCACAGCGGCGCCCGUGGGCCAGUCCCCUGCCUUCCUGCCUGUCGGGGGGCCCGGCCGUCCGUCGGAAUUCUAAUGAACUGACCAGCACCAUUUGACCAGUUGGAGUGAAUUCUCAGAAAUGAGCAUAGUGCUUUUAGAGCCACCAUGUAACAGACGGAUUGACUGCAAGCUCAUCAUUUCUUCAUGCCAAGACUCUUUGACUGGGUAGGGUCUUUGUCUUUUUAUCUUUGAUCUGGAUUGCUGGCGAGGAGAAGGAGUUGAUGUAGUGUUUUAUUUAAGCCUGAGUCACCAUGAGUAGUAGUUUAGGAAAAGAAAAAGACUCUAAAGAGAAAGAUCCCAAAGUACCAUCAGCCAAGGAAAGAGAAAAAGAGGCAAAAGCCUCCGGAGGUUUUGGGAAAGAAAGCAAAGAAAAAGAACCUAAAACCAAAGGGAAAGAUGCCAAAGAUGGGAAGAAGGAGUCCAGUGCUGCCCAGCCAGGUGUGGCCUUUUCAGUCGACAAUACCAUCAAACGGCCAAAUCCAGCCCCCGGGGCUAGAAAAAAGUCCAGCAAUGCUGAGGUCAUUAAGGAGCUUAACAAAUGCCGGGAGGAGAGCUCAAUGCGCUUGGACUUGUCCAAGAGGUCUAUCCAUAUACUGCCAACAUCAGUCAAAGAGCUGACUCAACUCACAGAACUUUAUUUAUACAGUAACAAAUUGCAAUCCCUCCCAGCAGAGGUGGGCUGUCUAGUCAAUCUCAUGACACUGGCUCUCAGUGAGAACUCACUCACCAGUUUGCCUGACUCUCUUGAUAACUUGAAGAAGCUGCGGAUGCUUGAUUUACGGCAUAAUAAACUGAGAGAAAUUCCUUCAGUGGUGUAUAAGCUAGACUCUCUGACCACUCUCUAUCUUCGCUUUAACCGCAUAACUACUGUGGAGAAGAACAUCAGCAACCUGCCGAGGCUCAGCAUGCUCAGCAUCCGAGAGAACAAGAUCAAGCAGCUGCCCGCGGAGAUUGGUGAAUUAUGUAACCUCAUUACCCUGGAUGUAGCUCACAAUCAACUUGAACACCUUCCAAAGGAGAUUGGAAACUGCACACAGAUAACCAACCUUGACUUGCAGCACAAUGAACUGCUAGACCUCCCAGAUACAAUAGGAAACCUGUCCAGUUUAAAUCGCCUUGGCCUGAGAUACAAUAGAUUGUCAGAAAUACCCAGAUCAUUAGCAAAAUGCAGUGCACUUGAGGAGUUAAAUUUAGAGAACAAUAACAUUUCUACUCUACCAGAGAGUCUUUUAUCCAGUCUUGUAAAAUUGAAUAGCUUGACCUUAGCUAGAAAUUGCUUCCAGUUAUAUCCAGUGGGAGGUCCAUCGCAGUUUUCCACCAUUUAUUCCCUCAACAUGGAACACAAUCGAAUCAACAAAAUCCCAUUUGGAAUUUUUUCCAGAGCUAAAGUGUUGAGUAAGCUGAAUAUGAAGGACAAUCAGUUAACAUCACUUCCUUUGGAUUUUGGAACUUGGACCAGUAUGGUAGAAUUGAAUUUAGCGACUAAUCAGCUCACAAAGAUCCCAGAAGAUGUGUCUGGUCUUGUUUCUCUUGAGGUUCUAAUAUUAUCGAACAAUCUUCUAAAGAAGCUUCCCCAUGGCCUUGGGAACCUCAGGAAGCUGCGUGAGUUAGACCUGGAGGAGAACAAGCUGGAGUCCUUGCCCAAUGAGGUUGCUUAUCUUAAGGAGCUGCAGAAAUUAGUCUUGACAAACAACCAGUUGACCACUCUCCCCAGAGGCAUCGGCCACCUUACCAACCUUUCCCACCUUGGUCUUGGAGAGAACCUGCUCACUCACCUUCCUGAGGAAAUCGGUACACUGGAAAACCUAGAAGAACUGUAUUUGAAUGACAACCCCAACCUUCACAGCCUCCCCUUUGAGCUUGCUCUCUGUAGCAAGCUGUCAAUCAUGAGUAUUGAGAACUGUCCACUCAGUCACCUCCCACCUCAGAUUGUUGCUGGAGGGCCUUCGUUCAUUAUUCAGUUCUUAAAGAUGCAGGGUCCGUAUCGUGCCAUGGUCUGAUACAAACUGCUGGUCCCACACACUGUUCAAAAGUAGACUGCCAUUAAUCUUUCAUAUCUGUAUCUGUAUCUGUGUGGAUAUUGAUCUAUGGCAGAUUUAUAAAGACUGCAUUAUGUGUUUCUGCUAAUAGAGGAAUCAUAGCCAUUUAGAUUUUUUUUAAUUCUGUAAAAAAAAAAAAAGGCUUAUAUAAGUUUUCUUUGCUAAAUUUGAUGGAUGUUUUUCUGUUGUAUAAUCUGAUAUGCCAGUUUGUUUAAAAAUCUUCCAACAAAUUAUGAAGUCAUUAAAUUCAAGGGACAAAAUAGUAUAGUUAAAUAUAUGUUUCUCUUAGGAAAAUGUGGGCCAAAAAUUUUGUUGUAUCUUUUCAUAUACAUUUCCCCUCAAAAUUGUCAGGUCUUUAUAACAGCAUAGGCCCUGAAGGUAGAAUUUUUCUUUAACUUAUUUUGAAAUAUGAAAUUUAAAUUUUAUAUAUUGUUUACAAUCGGAGUGAAUCACUGGAUUAUUUUGAUUUGCUCUGUUUUAAUCAGAGUUUAUAUUCUGUUAAAGAAUUUGCAUCAGUUAGUUUAAAUAUUAAAAGAUACUUUUUUGAAACAGCUGGCAAACAGAAAAUAUACAUUUAGAAAGCAAAAUUUCCACUAGUUUUAUUUCUCCAGUGAACUGUAAAGCAAAUAUCUGAAAUGAAUCUUUGGGGUGGAGGUAUCGAAACCUUUCCUAGAAUAAGUAUGUUUUACUGUGUGGGAGCAGAAAUCUGGUGAAAGGUUUUUCUUUUCUUUUCUUUUUAUCCCCAUUCCUGAAAGUUGCAGAUCCACAAAAAUUUAACAGAAAUUUGGCGAGUAAAUUACAUAUAAACACACAUUCUAUAUAUGUAUAUACAAUGCUAUAUAGAUAUGUAUUUAUUAUAUCAUAAACUACAAUAGGUAACUUUAAAGACUUCUCCCUUUACUUGUACAAUGAGAUGAAUGUCUCUCUAAAGAUUGCAGUAUAUGUGCGUUUCAAGGUUAUGUAACAGUGUACUAUGGUUUUAUAUCUUGACUCGCCUUGUCCAUCUGUCUGUCCGGGAAUAUCUGUGUCUAAGCACACUAUCUUCACACUGUGCUGUUUUGCUGCUGAACUAAAUGCACUUUCCCCAUACACGGGGCACUGGCUUCAAACAAUUCAGUUCAGUACCGUUCCUUUCAGUCUCCUCUUUCCUUGGUUAGUAGGCAGUAGUACAGUUAUGGAGAAUGGCUCAUUGCAUCGAUGCCUUUGGUACUGAUGCCGUGGACGUUAUGUAGGAUGUGCAUGGACUCUGGUAGUAUUUUCUUUUGCUUUACCGCCUUCAUGAAUAUCAACUGUAAAUGUGUGCCCCUUACAUAGUAUUCUUGUUUUUGAUAGUAUUUGUCUAGGUCAAUUUAAUUAUUAAGAACACCCUCCCCCCAGAUCAAGUGCAUCCUAAUACAAUCCUGAACACACCAUCCGUACAAUGAAUGACUGUUGUACAUAAGUACACAUUGCUGCUUGUUCUUUUGUUUUGCCCCCCCCCCCCCCAAUUUUUGGGUAUUUUGUUUUAAACAACUGUUUUUUAAAAAGUAAAACUGUACUAUCAAGAUAAAAAUUUGGACUUUUGCUUUUCCUGGCACUCAAACUCAAGACUGGGUUUGAGGUCAAAUCUGUGUUCAUAAAUUGGCAAAUUCAUAAGGAGCAACUAAGAAAUGGAAGGCAGGUAAAGAUAUAAAACCUUAGAAUGCCUAAAUGUGCUGUAAAACUAUUGUAGAUGUUCACUGGAGUUUACAACGUAAUAGCCUUUCUCCUUUUCCAUCUACUGUGGCUUUUCAGUUAAGAUUUUGUUUAUAAAAGGAAUUUAUUACAGUUCUACCUAGA